CUUCAACUAGAGCAACUACAUCAGCUUCAACUAGAGCAACUAGGUCAACUUCAACCAAAGCAACUACAGCAGCAGCUAAAGCAGCUACAGAAGCAGAUUAUGUCGCAAUUAAAACAAUCACAAUAUCAACAAGAGCAAGAUUUCCUGCUGUUUCUGCAGCAACAGACAUGUGCAUUGGUAAAAAAAAAUGCACUUUUUUUGGAUCUCGCGAAAAAAGAGGCCGCAAGCCUCGUAGAAAAGACAAACAAAAAGAGAGUUGCGAUAACAGCAAUGUUAAUAUCGUUAACAUUGCUGUCGGUGACCAAUGUUGUCAUAAUAGCAGCGAACCUAUACCUGAUUUACGUGAAGGUGUUUUGUGUAUUUUGAGACCAGAUAUUGUUAUUGACAAAGCUAACUUGAAAGAAGAUAAUUCUUUGAAUCAAGAACGGCAAGCACUGCUUGAAGGUAGUGAUAUAACAUCACAAGGUUUUGAUGCUUUUACAGAAGAUGAGAUUAUUCAAUCGUUGUUUUAUAAUAAAUAA